AUGGAGGCUGAAGAAGUCGACAAUGGCUCCAUCCACCCAAGGAAAAAGAUGAGAAGGAAAGAGCUGCUGGCGAAGAAGAAGGCGGUGGAAGAGAUCAUCAAAGCUGCUUCCUCUGAAAAAGAUCCCCUUUCUUCUGUUCAUCCUCACGCUCAUUACCACACAAAGGGGUUGUCUGUUUACAUGGAGUCUGGAAGAGGGAAUAAGCUCACUUCCCAUCUGAAGCAGUACAUUCAGAAGCUUCUUAAGGUGAACAUGGAGGUGCCUUUUGGAUCUCAGUGGCCAGUUGAAGAAAAAGUGAAACGCAAAGAUAUGGUUUCUCCAGAAGCGCGUUAUAUAUUCGUAUACGAGGACAGAUAUUCAGAUGGAAAGGCAGAAUUGCCAAUAUCUUUGACUGAGAAGGGGGAAAGUUCGAGCAGUAAUGGUGGAAUUGUAGGAUUUGUACAUUAUCGGUUUGUUGUGGAAGAAGAAGUACCAGUUCUUUAUGUUUAUGAGUUACAGCUUGAGGCUGUUGUUCAAGGAAAGGGGCUUGGAAAGUUUCUGAUGCAGCUUAUUGAGGAUAUUGCUUGUAAGAAUAGAAUGGGUGCUGUUGUGCUCACUGUUCAAAAGACAAAUGCUUCAGCAAUGAAAUUUUACAUGAAUAAACUUGGGUACAUUAUAUCAGCAACUUCACCAUCAAAAUUCUCUUAUAGGACAGGAUUAGAGACAAACUACGAGAUACUUUGUAAAGCAUUCAACGAUGAAGCCAAAUCUGUAUUUGAGGAUAAAAGUUGA